UAAUACCGAGGAUAUUGAAAAAUAAACAUAGUAGAUGAAAGACAAAAUGAUUUAUGGAUGACCAUAAAAAAUCCAGUUGGUUUUCGAGUUCCUUCCGAUGUAUGGACUUCGGUGACGUCAUCGGUAUAAUGACAACAAUUAUACACGACGAUGGACCUUUGCCCAUGCGGGAUAGGAAACCGACAGAGAGAAUAAAAAAUGCUGCCGACAAGUUUAAGGAAUCCCAUAAACCUGACUACGAAGACAGGUUUAUGAAGAAUAGCGACGGAAUUGAACGAGUGCACAAUCACAACACUGCCUACCCUAAACUUAGAGACGAGUUGGACAGACGACGGUCUCUCACCAAGAACGGAGUUGAGCAGAACGGACGGUGGCAAUGCCCAAUCUGCCAAAUAAGUGUGAUAGCGCUCAUUAUAUGUUUAAUACUGGCACUAGGGAUAUUAAAGGCGCGAAAUAAGAAAGAUAUAGAAAAUUCUAGACGUGCAAAGAAGUAUCAGAGUUUGGAUAUGGAUUUAGAUAUUGAACCUGAUUUGUUUUUAAAGAAAGAUAAAAAGCCAAAUUCUAAAGAAGAUUUUGGAUCCAAUGAUCCGGAUACUAGUGAUGCAUCAAUAAGCACAUUUGCGAGUUUUCCAUCGACAAAUCAUGAACCACAGAUAUAA